AUGUUCUUCAUCCAAUUUAUCCUCGCUUCCCUAGCUAUUGUGACUGCUGUGUCGAGCAAACACUUUCACGCACUGGAUACCAAGGUCUUCGGCAAACGUCAGGAGUAUCAACCAACCACUUCUUUUUGUGGCCCUGGGAACACCUGCGAGGCCUCUUGCGGUCCUGGUUAUAUAGACUGUGGUGAUCCGACUGAAAAUCUCUGUUACAAUCCGGCGAAUGCACAGACGUGUUGCGAACCAGGCUCAGCUGAUCCCUGGUCUUGCCCUAAUGGUGAUUACUGCCUCGUUGAUGGUUAUUGCUGUCCCAGCGGCCUAGACCCAACAGCAUGCGCUCUAUCCUACAGCGUCACCUUGCCAGCGACCUUUGUUGGCCCCACUACCACACCCGGAGUACUUGACUCCAGCUCCGGCGUCCCAAAUGUGACUCCUGCUGUCGCUACAAUAUCCUCCGUUCCUCCAGGUUCAACCGGCACCGGGAGCUUCUCGCCGAGUGUGGCAUCGCCCUCAGUGGCUGUCUUCACCGGUGCAGCCAGUCCCAACACUAUCACGGGGAGGACGGGCCUGAUUUACGGCGUCCUGGCCUUGAUUGGCAACCUACUCUAG